AUGGUAGCUAGAUCAUUGACAAUCGCCGGCUCGGAUUCUGGCGGAGGAGCCGGAAUCCAGGCUGAUUUAAAGACAUUUACUGCUUUGGGUGUCUAUGGAACUUCUGCGCUAACCGCAAUCACGGCGCAAAAUACGCUUGCUGUACAAGGAAUUCAUCCUAUGCCUGCAGAGUUUGUUGCUCAACAGCUAGAGUCAGUGCUGAGUGAUAUUGGAACUGACUCUGCAAAGACUGGCAUGCUAUUCAACACUGAAAUAAUACAAACAGUCGCAUCAGCAAUCCGCAAACACAAUAUUGUAAACUUGGUGAUUGAUCCAGUCAUGAUAUCAACUUCUGGAUCGCGAUUGCUUGCUCCCGAUGCCAUAGAGUCGUUAAAGAAGGAUUUGUUACCAUUAGCCAUGAUUCUGACUCCUAAUAUUCCUGAAGCAGAAUUGCUGGCAUCGUCGUCAACACCUAUAACAUCUGUGGCGGAUAUGAGGAGAGUUGCUACAGAGCUGUAUGCUAUGGGCUCGAAACAUGUGUUGAUUAAAGGUGGUCAUCUGCCUUUUGAUGAACAAGUUGGUGGUGCCAUUGAUCAGAGUUGUACUACAGCGGUCAAGUUUGUGGUUGACGUGUUUUAUGAUGGAGCAGAUUUUCACGAAUUCAGACGUGAAUUUAUCGACACCAAGAAUACUCAUGGAACUGGAUGUACCUUAUCAAGCGCCAUAGCAGCAGGCUUGGCCAAGAACAUGACUGUGAUGGCAGCUGUUCAAACAGCGUUGGAAUAUGUGAAUCGAGCCAUAUCCUCCAGUUUCAGCAUUGGGAAGGGACAUGGACCUUUAAAUCACUUCUUUUCACCGUCAUACACGUCUUCAACGCAUUCAUUCGUCCAAUACUUGAAAGACAGUUGUCCAACCCAAUACCACGUAUACACACGUCAUCCAUUCGUUGAGCAGAUAGCCAACGGAACUCUAUCAAAGGCAUCAUUUCAGCAUUUCAUAAGGCAGGAUUACAUCUUUCUAGUGCAUUACGCACGAGCAUACUCAUUGGCUGGAUUCAAAGAACAUGAUUCAAUGGAAGCAAUCACCAAUGCUGCUUCUAUAGUCAUGCAUAUUGGUGAAGAGAUGAAGCUGCACAUCAAGUUUUGUGAAUCAUGGGGAAUAUCACACGAUGAAUUGCAAGAGACGAGAGAGGCACAUGCAACGGUUGCAUAUACGAGAUAUGUGUUGGAGAAAGGACUGAGUGGUGAUAGAUUAGACCUGAGAGUGGCUCUGUUACCGUGUCUCAUUGGAUAUGGAGAGAUUGGAAUGAGAUUGUUUCAUGAUCCGAAAACUGUUCGAGAUGGAAACCCAUAUUGGCCUUGGAUACAGAAUUAUGCUAGUGAUUCGUUUCAAGACGCUGUUCGACAAGGAUGUGAUUACAUUGAAUCACUGGCCAUUGAACUAGCAGGCUCAGAGUCUCGUCGAAGGAAACUGUGUAGUGUGUUUCGACAGGCCACUGAAUUGGAAAUUCAAUUUUGGCAGAUGGGCUUGGAUCAGCUCGACUGA